AUGGCUCCUGUUGCUUUCUCUGACAUCCAAAAGUCUUCCAACGACUUGUUGUCCAAGGACUUCUUCCACUUGUCCUCCGCUGCCGUCGACGUCAAGACCACCGCCCCUAACGGUGUGGCUUUCACCGUCAAGGGUAAGUCUGACAAGGCCAACGCCAUUGCUGCUUCCGUCGAGGCCAAGUACUCCGACAAGGCCACUGGUUUGACUGUCACUGAGGGCUGGAACAACGCUAACGUUUUGUCCACCAAGGUCGAGUUGGCUGAGUUGUUGACCCCUGGCUUGAAGGGUGAGUUGGACACCACUGUUGUUCCAAACGGCUCCAAGAACGCCAAGUUGAACUUCUUCUACCAACAAUCCGCCGUCAACGCCCGUUUGUUCUUUGACUUGCUCAAGGGUCCUAACGCCACCGCUGACUUGACCGUUGCCCACGAUGGUUUCACUGCCGGUGCCGAGUUGGGUUACGACAUCUCCUCCGCCAAGCUCAACAAGUACUCCGUUGGUGUUGGUUACGCUUCCCCAUUGUACUCGGUCGCUGUCACCUCCACCUCCAACUUGUCUGUCUUCACUGCUUCUUACUACCACAAGGUUUCUCCUCUUGUUGAGGCUGGUGCCAAGGCCACCUGGGACUCCGUCAAGUCCCAAAACGUCAACGUUGAGUUCGCCACCAAGUACCACUUGGACUCUUCUGCCUUUGUUAAGGCCAAGAUUGCUGACUCUGGUUUGACCGCUUUGGCUUACUCCCAAGAGUUGAGACCAGGUGUCAGAUUGGGCUUGGGUGCUUCCUUCGACGCUUUGAAAUUGGCUGAGCCAGUUCACAAGUUGGGAGUCUCCUUGUCUUUUACUGCUUAA